AGGCUUUGUCCUUUCUUCUUCCCUGGAGCAGCUCGCUCUUGAGCGCAUCACAGAACCGUCGACGCCAUGGCGCUCCAGUCUCUCCUUGUCGUUGGCCCCCUCUCGAAAUCCAUACGAAAGUUUUCUUUAUCUCUCCUUGUCGAGAUCUCCACUAUCCCCUAUUUCCGCAUCCUCUCGUGCCCUGUAAUGCCAGUAUGCCAUCGUCGUGCUUGUCUUCCCCAACUCCGGCUGUCCGCCAUUGUCGCGUCGAUCUCCUCCACCCCCUCGCCCCGGUCCUCCUACACCGGUUUGCCGCCGUAUUUCCGUACUCUUGAAGCCGGAGAAGCUCUCCCUGAGCAGUAGCGCGCCUCGAGCCUCCUCGCCCGUCAGUGUGCGUUGGCCACCCCGCCGUCGGCCAUGGCGUCGCACACGCGCCUCCUCUUCCCAACCCGAACUCGCUUCCAUCAUUACGGAAUUGCCCUUCCGUUCGGUGGAUUUUUGCGAGGAGGGGCCAAGGACUCUCGAUUCGAUUUGGUAGGAAUCGUGUUGGGUAUGAACUGGUUCUUGUUUUUGAAACUGUCUCGGAAUAACGUCUUUGUGCGGCCUAAAUGAAAACUGGGCCGUCAUUGGGUCCGAGCUGGGAUCGCCGCUGGUCCGAAAAUUCCAAAAUUUCCCUCCUGCUCUCCCCUGCCGCCUAUUCCCAAUUCCCAAACCCCAGGAUACAAAUAGCGCCCGAAGUCCCAAACCUUUCUCUCCUCAGUGCGGCCGCCGCAAUACUUCUCCGACCGAGAAUUCUGUCCCCGUCCCCAGCUUCCAUCCUCCUCUCUCUCCCCUGCGCCUUCUUCUUCCUCUUCGUAUCGGGUUGGUCGCAAGAUUGAUAACGCAUUUCUUUCUUCUCCUUAACUUGCUGAGCCGGUGGCAUAGGGGCACGGCUAGGCGCCGCCACCCUCCAACUGCUGUCGGAUCGGACUAAACUCGACUCAUCGUAGCGUCCCUUCUUCCUUUGCAGGAUGGAUGAGCUAAAUGAUCAAAUGGACCAGCCUACAGCCGUGCUGAAGGCCAUACAAUUUGAUCUCAUGACCAGUGCAGAUAUGGAAAUAUCAAGUAGCGCGACCGUCAUAAAAGGAUCUGAUGUGACUAGUGCCAAGUUGGGAUUGCCAGCUAAGGCAACACAGUGUGAGACUUGUGGAUCGGAAAGCUCACGUGAUUGCGAUGGUCAUUCUGGUGUUAUUAAGCUGCCGGCAACUGUGUUCAGCCCGUAUUUUAUCAAGGAAGUUGUUCAGUUACUGAAUCAGAUAUGUCCUGGCUGUUACGCUCCAAGGAAAAACAGAGAUUCAAAGUUGUUGAAGAACUCAGAUGGGGGAACAAGUCAGUCAACUUGCAAGUAUUGCUCAAAGGAUGGUGCUAAACUUUACCCGAGUGUAAUCUUUAAGGCGCUGAAAAGUCCAAGAGUAACGCUGUCCAGGAAAAAAAUUAAACGUGACCCUACUGUUAUAGACACAAUUUCGAUUACCGCAGAAGUUGCCUACAGAGUGACAAAUAUGUUGACGAAUGAAGGUCCACAUCAAGCUCUUCCCAAGGAUUAUUGGGGUUUUAUACCUCAUGACCAUGACCAGCUCCCUCAACCAAAUGUGACCAAGAUAUUAUUAUCUCCUCAUCAAGUAUGUCACAUGCUGAAACAACUUGAUCCUGAGCUUAUUAAUAACAACUUUCCUUCAAGUCAUCAUCUCCUGUUCCUGUCAAGUUUGCGGGUGACUCCUAACUGUCAUCGUGUGGCCGAGAUGUCCUACAGGUUCUCAGAUGGCUCUCGCUUAGCUUAUGAUGACCUGACAAAAGCUUAUAAGAGGACUGUUGAUGUCGGUAGGAAAGUUGAUGACUUCCAUCAGUAUCCAAAGAUCAGUUUCCUUUCACUUGUCACAAGCCAAGUUAUGGAGUGCCUGAAAUCAUCUAAGUUACACUCUAAAAAGACAGAUAAUGAAUCAUCAAUAGCCAUGUAUGGAAUGAAAUGGAUGAAGGAUGCCGUUCUCAGCAAACGGUCAGAUAAUGCAUUUCGCACUACUAUGGUUGGUGAUCCCAAGAUUAGAUUACAUGAAAUUGGCAUCUCCGUAGAUUUAGCUUCGAACUUGGUUGUUGCUGAACAUGUUAAUUCUUACAAUGUCGAGAGCUUAAAUUUGAAGUGCAGCCUUCACCUUCGUGCCAAGAAAAUACUACUCACUCGGCGCAAUGAAGAGCUAAUUCAUGUUAAGAGAACAAAUCAGCUACAAAUUGGUGACAUUGUAUACAGGCCAUUACAGGAUGGCGACAUUAUUCUUAUCAAUAGGCCACCCUCAGUACAUCAACACUCUGUUAUUGCACUCUCUGCAAAGUUAUUACCAGUUCAGUCAGUUGUUUCAAUCAACCCACUCUGCUGUGCCCCUUUAAUGGGUGAUUUUGAUGGCGAUUGUUUACAUGGAUAUGUCCCACAGUCUAUACGAUCAAGAGUUGAGCUUGGAGAGCUAGUAAGCUUAAGCCACCAACUGUUGAAUGUGCAAGACGGACGAAGUGUGGUGUCCUUAACACAUGAUUCUUUAGCUGCUGCACAUUUGUUAACAAGCUCAGAUAUUUUAUUCAAUAAGACUGAGUUUCAGCAACUUCAAAUGUUAUGUCAUUCACUCUCGCUGACACCAAUGCCGUCAAUAGUUAAAUCGAUGAACUCUCAAGCUUCACUGUGGACUGGCAAGCAGUUGUUCGGCAUGCUGGUUCCUUCUGGUAUGAAUUUUAGUAUUGAUCCCAAGUUACAGAUCAUAGACGGUGAAGUACUUUCCUGCUCUUCCGAAGCUUUUUGGCUGCAGAGUAACACAUCUGGCCUUUUCUCUGCCAUGUUUAAACAGUAUGGGGCUGAGGCUCUUCAGUUCCUGUCAUCUGCUCAGGAUAUACUAUGUGAAUUCUUAACCAUGAGGGGCUUAAGUGUCUCUCUUUCAGAUUUUUAUCUGUUCUCGGAUCAUUACUCAAGGAGAAAACUUGCUGAUGAAGUUAAUCUAGCAUUGGAUGAGGCUGAAGAGGCUUUUCUUGUCGAACAACUAUUGCUAAGCCCAAAUUCCAUACCAAAUCUGAAGUGUUAUGAUGACUGUGCUGAUCUAUCAAAUUUUCAUAAACAAUCUGAUUUCAGUCAGAACAAUGUACCGAUGAUCAAAUCUUCAAUCAUUGCAUUUAAGAGUGUGUUCAGUGAUCUUCUUAAGAUGGUUCAGCAACACACGAGUAAAGAGAAUUCGUUGAUAGCGAUGAUGAAUGCAGGAAGUAAGGGUAGCAUGCUGAAGUUUGUGCAACAAACUGCAUGUGUCGGUCUUCAACUUCCUGCAAGAAAAUUUCCGUUUAGAAUUCCUUCAUAAAUCUCAUGUGCUAGAUGGAGUAAACUUAAAUCAUUGGAUAGUGACAAUGCCGAGGGAACAGGUGAAUGCUUGGGAGGCCGAAACUCAUAUGCUGUGAUCAGAAAUUCUUUUAUAGAUGGUUUAAGUCCAUUGGAGUGUCUUCUGCAUUCAAUUGUUGGCAGGGCAAGUUGCUUCAGUGAGAAUGCAGAUGUUCCCGGGACAUUAACGAGAAACCUAAUGUAUCACUUGAGAGAUACAUAUGUUGCUUAUGACGGAACUGUUAGGAGUUCUUAUGGGCAGCAAAUAACCCAGUUCACUUAUGAUACUGUUGAAGACAUGUACACUGAUGGCAGUCUGGAAGGUGAAAUUGGUGCCCCUGUUGGUUCUUGGGCUGCUGGCUCCAUUUCGGAAGCUGCAUAUGGAGCUUUGGAUCACCCAGUGAACAUCUUAGAGGACUCUCCUCUCAUAAGUUUGCAGGAUGUAUUAAAGUGCCAGAAGGGUGCCAAUUCUCUGGAUCAUUUCGGUUUUCUGUUCCUGUCAAAGAAUCUAAAAAGGUAUAGAUAUGGUCCGGAGUAUGGAUCGCUAGAAGUUAAGGAUCAUCUUGAACCAGUGAAGUUUUCUGAUUUUGUUGACACCGUCAUGAUUCUAUAUAACGUACGAGGUAUACAGACAAGGAAAGAGAGCACAUGGAUUACUCAUUUUCAUAUAAGCCAGGAAAUAAUGAAGAGGAAAAAAAUGGGAUUAAGAUCUCUUAUAGAUGAGCUGACAGAACAAUACAUGAGAGACCGAGACCAGUCAACCAUUGUGUUCCCGGAUGUAUAUAUUUCGAAGGGCAAAGGUUCUGCUGGGAAUGAUGAGUGUGUUAACGAGCAGACUUGUUGCAUUACUGUGAUAACAGAGGACGAUUCCAACUCAAUAUCUCAGUUGGACACUAUCAAGAAAAGGGUGAUCCCAAAGCUCCUGUCCAUGCUAGUUAAAGGAUUUUUGGAAUUUAAGGAUGUUGAGAUCCAGUGUCAGCAAGACAAUGAACUUGUUGUGAAAGUUGGUAUGUCUGAGCAUUGCAAGAGUGGGGAGUUCUGGGCUAAUCUACAAAAUGCUUGCGUUGCAAUAUUUGAGUUGAUUGAUUGGGAGCGGAGCCGACCAGGGAGCGUAUAUGAUAUUUCCUUCUCAUACGGCGUAGACUCGGCGUGGAAUUUUUUUGUUGAAUCUUUAAGAUCAACAACUGAUGAUAUUGGAAGGAAUAUUCGUCGGAAGCACUUGCUGGUUGUGGCAGAUAGUCUAUCUGUAAGUGGGCAGUUCCAUGGGCUAAGCAGUCAAGGUUUAAAGCAACAGCGGACUCGAUUAUCAAUCUCAUCUCCAUUUUCUGAAGCUUGUUUCUCUAGACCUGCACAAAGUUUUGUAAGUGCUGCAAAGCAAUCUUCAGUGGACAAUCUCUGUGGUACUGUAGAUGCAAUGGCCUGGGGCAAAGAGCCUUUUGCCGGAACGUCGGGUCCUUUCGAGAUUAUGUAUUCUGGAAAGGUGCAUGAACCCAUAGCGAGUGUGAAUGUCUAUGAGUUUCUACAGAACCCUGAAGUACGGGAUGCUAACUCAAAUGGUGGCACCAUAUCUGAGCAACAUGAUUUUGUUAGUGCUAGGGUUGGUUUAUGGGACAACAUUAUUGAUAUGCGCACCUGCUUGCAGAACAUGCUACAAAAGUACAAACUGAAUGAAUAUUUCACGGAGCUAGAUAAAUCAGACGUGAUUGAGGCCCUGAGAUUUCAUCCAAGAGGGCAUGAAAAGAUUGGUGCUGGAAUAAGAGAUAUAAAGAUCGGACACCAUCCUAGUCACCCAGGCACAAGGUGCUUCAUUCUGAUACGGGACGAUGAUAGCACCGAAGACUUCUCUUACAGGAAAUGUGUCCAGGGGGCUGCGGAUUCUAUCUCGCCUCAGCUCGGAAGUUACGCAGAGAAGAUACUGCGUUAUAGAGCAGUCUGAUCACAGUAGUCGGCAGCAGCUCUCUUGCCGUUUUGUUCUAGUUUUGAACCUAUGAUCAGGCGACAAGGAGAGAGCUUUUAGUGUUCUGUUUGUCGACAAACAGCUGUCAGAACAGAAGCGGAGGAUGUUAGCUAUCUCAAAGAACAAUGAACUGGCUAAGAAUGCCAUGCUUCUUCGCUGCCAUUUUGUGAUAGGAAAAGACAGACAUGUUGUCGUCCCAUUUUUGUUCCCCUCUUGUUGUUGUACAACUUUUUUACCCCCCCCCCCCCCCCCCCCC